AUGGCCGAAUCCGAACCGGUAAAUGAGGAAGAAGCCUUAAGUGAUCCUAAGUGGAUAUGUGCAAUGAAAGAGGAGCUGGAAUCUAUUGAGAAAAAUGGUACUUGGGAGUUGGUCGAUUUACCACUUGGAAAGAAACCGAUAGGUGUGCGAUGGGUCUAUAAGGUUAAAGCAAAUCCCAAAGGUGAAGUAAUCAAGCACAAAGCUCGAUUAGUGGCGAAGGGGUUCUUGCAACGAGAAGGUAUAGACUAUGAGGAGGUAUUCACACCGGUGGCUAGAUUAGAGACUCUUCGUUUGGUUGUUGGUAUUGCGCAUAGCAACAAUUAG